UUUAGUCGCAAACUUCUGUGGAUUCUCAAAGCUCAGGAAGGACGAGGGAAAAGGUCAGAAAACAUCAUCAUCAACUAACUAAAUGAGGCACAAUGGGACGGAGCACAACAACAAAGGUGAGAACCAAACAAGCCUGAAUCUGACACCUUUAUUCAUUAAAACUAAUUCAUUAGGGCCCCAUCAGUUAAUGGUUCUCCAUCCAAACACAAGCUGGGGCAUGUUUGCACGAUCCCUGGCGUCACUGAUGUCCGGACCGGAAAAAAAGAAAUAAAAAAAUCACCAUCCCAGCGAGGCCAUUAAUGCAGAGUUAAUGACUGGCCAUCAGGAGCAUCCUCGCUCUGAUUUAUUUCCACUUUAGGAAAAACAAGACAAAACCUCCCUGAUCAGACAACAGGUGACAUAAGGAGUAAAGAAGGAAGCUAUUUAAAUCUGAAUCCUCCAGAUUUGAUCAAACAGAACAUGGUGGCUGUUUAGGUGACACAAAUGAUGCUCCUACAGUCCUAAACGACACGUUCUACAGCAGAUUAGAGCCAAUAUGAACUGGUGAGUAACCAUACUGCUGCAAUGCAUCAUAUAAUAAUACCUAAUUACGUUUUGGUUUAAUGACAAGAAUUUUACAAGAAUGACAACCAGAAAAAGCUCAGAUUAGAGCAAUUUCAGAGGCUCACAUAGCAUUUUAGAUUUGUUUUCAAUUUGUUUUAUCCUUCAAGUCCUCCAGACCUUUCAGGUUUUCUGAGAUAGUUCUCCUGUUGGUACCUAAAGUUCAGUUUGUUUACAACUGGAGCAGCGUUCCCAAAGAUCUGUGAGUGUGGAUGUUUUUAAUGCAAAUUCACUUGAACUUCCCUCAUAUUUUUAAUCUCUUUUGUUUUAGAUUUAUUUUUUAUUUUACUCAUGCCUUUAAUCGUUUUUAUCUUUUUAAUACAACUGUUUAAAGCCAUUUUAAAUACCACCAUAAAGGAAUGUAUUAGGCUACGUUUUAUAUUUAUUAUUUGUGUUAAAAAUAAAAUACUGUAAAUACAUGUAUUUAGAUUUUUUUCUAUUUCUGUUUUCUCAUUUCUACAUUUUAUGUAGUUUUAUUGUAGUUGUCAGUUAAUUAUUAAAAUAAUUAUUGAGGUGAGAAGGAAAAAAUGCAGCAGCUUUUUGAUGGAGAAAGUUAUUUUAAAACAAGAAAUGUAUUGCAAGAUUGUCAAAUAUUGCCAAUUUUUGCAUUAAACAAUAUCUUCAUUUUUUUAAUUUUAUGUUAUUGCUCGAUUUUUGUUUAACUCACAAAAGUGCAUCAAAGUGCAAACUGUCAGUUCAUGUGUUUAUAGUCUGAAAACCGUCUUCAUUUUGAUGAAAAAGUCAAAUCUGCCAAUCAGAACCAGUCAGAGAGAGAUUUGCUCAUUUCCAUCCCAAGCUGACUGAUUGGUGAAUUUCUGCAAUUUUAUUACCCAAUGUAAAAUUUUACUGGUGUAUGUUAACUGUUUGCAUGACUGUUUCUUUGAAAUACUUUCUAGAAUCAUUAAGUCUUUCAGGGUAUGUCUCUACCAGCUUUUCGCAUUUACAGACUGAUUUGUUUUUGGUCCAUUCUUUGUGUAACUUGUGGAGUUCAAUCAGACUGGAUGGAGAGUAUAGGUGAACAUCAGUUUUCAAGUGUUGGAUAAACAAUUCUCAAUUUCUUUUAGCUCUAGGCCAUUCUAACGCAGGAAUAGGCUCAGAUCUAAACCAUUCAGUUGUAGCUCUGGCUGCAUGUUCACGGUCAUUGUCUUGUUUUUCCUCCUGCAUGACCCUGUUUGUAGCUCCAUCCCUUCUUCACACCAACUCUGACCAGCUUCCCUGUCCCUGCUGAAGAAAAGCAUCCCCACUGUAGUACAGCUGACUAACUGUGUUCAGGUUGUUGCUUCUCCACCACACACAUCCCUUGCAUCUGUCCACUAUAAAUACUUUUGCUAGACACUGUAAAACAAAAUUCUUUACAUCUUUCUUGCAAAAGUAUUUUUUAUUACCCUUGAAGUUUUUCACUUUUUUUUUUUUUUUUUUUGAUAGAACACAAAUUAGUGCAAAAGUGUCAAGAGAAAGAAAAAUGCUAAAUUGUUUUUUACACAUCAAAAUCUGACAAGUGUGGCAAUAUUCUGCUCCUUUUACCUUUAUACCCCAAAAUAGAAUACAGAGUAUCAAAUUAACCUUAGGAGUCAAAAAUCAUUAUUAAUGUAUUUAUUCCCAGCAUGAAUGUAGCUGUUCUUUGAAGGCAUCAGAGGUCUGUUGGAGGACAUUAGUGGACAAACGUGGAGAAGCUUAAAGCCGGGUUAGAGAGCUGCUCAAUCCUUAAUCGCAAAGAUUAUGGCACAAGUGCAACCAAUCAAGUAGGUCAAUGAUCAGAGAUGCAGCUAGGAGGCCGAUGGUAACUCUGGAGGAGCUGCAGAGAUCCACUGCUAAGGUGUGAGACUCUAUCGACAGGACAAUGGUAGUCAAAUUUAGUAUCAUCCAACUAAUGUCUACUACUGGUAGAUAAUAGUUGGAUGAUACUAAAUUUGACCUAGUUGCAAAAUGAGGUGUGUGUAGUUGAAAAGUAACACUAAACACAGUGUGUCGACUGAUCAUCACUGUUGCUUUUCCUCAGCAGGGACAGGGAAGCUGGUCAGAGUUGGUGUGAAGUUGGACAGAGCUACGAACAGAGCUGGUAGAUGCUAAAAAACACUCACCUUUAAGCAGGAUGAUGACCGGCAACAUGCAGCCAAAGCUACAACUGAAUGGUUUAGAUCAAAGCCUAUUCAUGUGUUAGAAUGGACUACAGCUAAAUUAAAUUAAGACUUGAAAACUGAUGUUCACCGACGCUCUUCAUCCAGUCUGAUUGAACUCCAUACGUUAUACAAAGAACGAACAAAAAAAACUAAAUCGGUCUGUAAGUGAGAAAAGCUGAUAGAGACAAACUCUAAAAGUCUUGGUGAUUCUACAAAGUACUGAAUCAGAGAAUAAAUAUAAAUAGACGCCACACUUUGUCUUUGUUAAGCACUGUUUGACUGCUAAAAUACAGUUUGACUCGCUGGCUAGGUUGAUCGAUAUUAUUUCUCUUUUUAGGAGAACAAUGGAGAACCGUCCUGCUUCACUGUACUUCCAGGAUCUCAAACAAAGCAGCAACUCAUCUGGUCGAGAUCUUCUGACUUUCACAUCUUUUCUCAUUUCCCCGUCUCCAUCGCCUCCACCUGCUGACGUGGUGAUUUCCCCCAACGUGCCGUACAUGACCGCUGAGCUCAUCAUCGCCCUUUUAUCUACUCUGGGUAAUUUGCUGGUCUGCACCGCCGUGGGUCUCAACCGCAAACUACGCACCGUCACCAACUACUUCCUGGUGUCGCUCGCGGUAGCAGAUAUCUGCGUGGGCAUGAUCGCCAUUCCCUGCGCCAUCCUGACAGAUGCCGGUUUACCGGGUUAUAACCUCUACCUGUGCCUCCUCAUGCUCAGCGUUUUGAUAAUGUUCACGCAGAGCUCCAUCUUCAGCCUCCUGGCCGUGGCUGUGGAGCGCUAUGUCGCCAUCUUCAUGCCCUUCCGCUACCGCAUCCUGAUGACGCCUCGCAAUGCUGUCCUGGUGAUCCUCGCCACAUGGUUGCUGGCCUUCCUCAUUGGGCUGGUGCCUCUCAUGGGCUGGCAUAAGACACCGCCCGAUUCUGGCUACUGCUUCUUUGUCCUGGUGGUGGACAUGACCUACAUGGUCUAUUUCAACUUCUUCGCCUGCGUGCUGGCGCCCCUGAUCAUCAUGUUUCUCAUCUACGCUCAGAUCUUCGUUACGGUCAAGCAGCAAAUGCGACGGAUCGGACCGGAGCAGCGGAGCCGAGCGGAGGGCGAGAGCAGAGCGGCAGCCAGCAUGCGAAGGGAGAUGAAGAUGGCCACGUCUCUCUUCCUGGUUCUUUUUCUCUUCACGGUCUGCUGGAUCCCUCUUCACAUCAUCAACUGCUUCCUCCUGCUCUGCCCACGCUGCCCGGUGCCGUUAGAGCUGCUGCUCACCGCCAUAAUCCUGUCGCACGCGAACUCCGCCCUCAACCCGUUCCUUUAUGCAUACACCAUGACAACUUUCAGAGACACUUUCAAGGCAAUUUUCUUGUGCUGCAGGACGUUGGGAGACAGGGAGGUGUCAAACUUGACCAAUAGAGAAGAAACAAACACUAGACCGAACUAGUGAUCCACAAGAAUAUUUGACCCGUAAAUAUUCCUCUCCAUUUUACAAUUAAAAACUCUAAACUUUAAGGAAUUUGAGAUUUUUCAACAGAGGACAUAUGGAUCAUCAGGAUGGAUGGAUAAAUGGAUGGAAGACAGAAUUUUCAGAAAUUGCAUACAUUUACAGUGUAGACAAUCGGACAGGGAUAAAAAUGUGGAAAUACAAAUAUUUUUCCAUACUUAUCCAGACCGGGAAUAAUUCCAGGCUUGUCCAA